AGCUUCUGUGUGAGGCAAGAGAAAGAACCUGCGUGCAAUGGAGGAGCGUUAGAGCAUCGCUGUCGCUGUCGUCAGGAUACCCACCGCCUCCACCACCACUGCCGCUGUGGACUGCGUGUUAAUGGGAGAGACAGAUUCAAAGCAGCUCUGUGAUGCCCAAGGGACCAGCUGUGUGGAUCCGGUGCCACCUCUGAUAUGAUGCUGAGAGCAGGAGGGGCAGCCACCUCUCUCACACUGCUGCUGCUGCUGCUGCCGUUGCUGUGCUGCUGCCACCUGUGCCACUCACUGCGGGUUCCAAAGCUCUCGUCUUAUGCAAAAGCAGAGGACAAGCUGUUCAAAUACCUCUUUGGAAACUACCAGAAAUGGGUUCGUCCUGUAGAAUACCUAAACCAGACGAUCUGUGUGAAAUUUGGACUGGCCAUCUCCCAGCUAGUUGAUGUGGAUGAGAAAAACCAGCUGAUGACAACCAAUGUGUGGAUGAAACAGGAGUGGACUGACAUGAAACUCAGAUGGAACCCUGAUGACUAUCUGGGCAUCACAACAAUCCGAGUCCCCUCUGACAGACUCUGGCUUCCUGAUGUUGUUCUGUAUGAUAAUUCAGAUGGGCGUUUUGAGGGGACUGUCACCAAAGCUGUUGUUAAGUAUGAUGGAACUAUAUCAUGGACACCACCAGCCAACUACAAGUCAGCCUGCACCAUUGAUGUCACCUUCUUCCCAUUUGACCUCCAGAACUGUUCCAUGAAGUUUGGUUCCUGGACGUAUGAUGGCUCCCAGGUGGACAUCAUUCUGGAGGAUUUCCAUGUGGACAAGCAGGACUAUUUUGACAACGGUGAAUGGGAGAUAGUAAAGGCCACAGGCAGCCGUGGUCUGAGGACAGAUGGCAGCUCUUCCUACCCCACCAUCACCUACUUCUUCAUCAUUCGCAGGUUGCCUCUUUUCUACACCCUCUUCCUCAUCAUCCCCUGCAUUGGCCUGUCCUUCCUCACCAUCCUUGUCUUCUACCUGCCAUCCAAUGGUGGCGAGAAGAUCUCUCUCUGUACCUCGGUGCUUGUGUCGCUCACCGUUUUCCUCCUGGUCAUCGAGGAGAUUAUCCCGUCCUCCUCAAAAGCUAUCCCCCUCAUCGGGGAGUACCUGGUCUUCACCAUGAUCUUUGUCACGCUCUCCAUCAUUAUCACCGUCUUUGCCAUCAACAUCCACCACCGCUCUUCUUCUACACAUCAUGGCAUGGCACCAUGGGUAAGGAAGAUUUUCCUGCAUCGACUGCCUAAGCUGCUGUGCAUGCGCAGUCAUGUGGAUCGUUAUGCCACAACUGGAGUGGCCAGGGCUGGACAAGUACCAGGACUGGGUAUGAUGAAGGACUCAGCACCUGAACUGACCCCCCUACUCUACACAAGACGUCACUUACAAGCAGCUUUGGAUUCAAUUCGCUACAUAACCAUGCAUGUAGUUAAAGAAAAUGAGGUCAGAGAGGUGGUACAAGACUGGAAGUUUGUAGCCCAGGUUCUGGAUCGCAUGUUUUUGUGGGCCUUUCUCCUGGUGUCAAUCCUGGGCUCUGCUCUUCUCUUUAUUCCAGUUAUUUACAAAUGGGCCAACAUUAUCGUCCCUAACCAUGCUGGAAGUACCCUCUAAGAACCACACGUGGGGGGCAAACUAACCACAAAUGGAGUCAAAGCACAUUAACAGCUCACUAUGGGUCGUGUUUGAGAUACUGAGAGUAUCACUGAGAUGCAGGCCUGCUCUCCACGGUCAUCUUGCAAACUACAGCUGUGCCAGUGUUCAAGCUGCAGAUUUGAGGCCUCACUUGCUGAAAACAUCUCAAAGAGACAUUUUUUAAGUUAAUUAAUUAAUUUUAUUUUAGAGAGAUUCUAAAUCCUUUAGUUUAAUUUAAAGAUGAAUGAAAAGACUACAUAUAAUUAAAAAAAAAUUGAUUCAGCCAUGUCCUAAGCAGGUUUGCCCACAUCUCACACGUCAAUAAAUUUCAGUACAUUCAUUUCACCUGCUAUACAUGCUGGCAGGACGCAGUGAUGAAUUCAAUUAAUUUCAUUUCAAUACUUUAUGACUUUCCCUGGAAAGGCAAUUACAAGGCAGCUCACCACCCAGAUCAAAAGAUACCCACAUGCAAUGAAUAGGAGAAGACAUUCAUUCUCAUUUUACAUGCUUCUCUCUGUGACUGUCCACUAUCUGUAGUGUUUGGAAAGAAGACUUUGUAGGGCAUAAUUCAAAUAAAACAGAUGGUUCAGCUUUGCUUUUCUGUAAUUCUAGUUUCAGAAUUCACCAUCACCCACCCAGGUAAACAUUCUGCUUGACUGUGUUUUGGGAAAGAGAGGCAAUGCUCUUGCUGGGACUUGAAUUUUCCAGUGCAACACUUCCUUUCAGCCUGAGGACAAAUCCUGCAUUCCCUGUAAGGAUUGUAAAAGGAUCCUUGGUAACAGAUCAGUGUGGGCCCACAGUAUUUUUAGCCUACUGAGGCUAAGCACAAAAGCAGUUCUUAUAACAGCCUGCAUGCAGAUGACUCAGAUGAUGUAAUGCGGAGAAAAGCAAUAAGGGCCAUAGGGUCAUUUACCACUGUCUGCAUCAACAAGUACCAGAAAGACUAUUGUGUUUCAGUGGCUGAGCACCUCUCAGCCUUUGGUUGAGCCUGCACUGCCUCUCCAUGGCUAUGUCUAACCAUUACAGGUGAAAAAAGCAACAAAGGCGCCACCAGCAGAGCAUGGACAUGGUGGUGAUGUACUGAUGAAAUCUGUGAUGUCCUACUUCCAUUUACUAC